GCUCCUUUGGCCAAUCUUGAAGUGUUAGACGAACACUACCGUUACUACAUCCUUUUUUAGUUUAUUUUUAAACCUCAGUGAAAGGCGCGAACUCGGAAGCGGCUACCCAACAAACAUGUUCUCGACAGCGGGGCGUUGCGGUGCUCUCCUCGCAGUGGUCGCGCUGAUGCUGGUGGCAACGGUGACCCCGGUGGCCCUCGGCACGCGCGUCACAACAACGAAGAGCGGCAUGGGCGUUGACGGCUUUGCCUACCCGAAGGGCAUCAUCCGACUCACUGUGAAGUCCACGGAGAAGUGGCAGUACCAACCGGACGGCAUCAUUCUCCCGGCGGCGUCGGAGUUACAGGUGGAGGCCGCGAAGGAGGGCAACAAGUGGACGCUCCACAACGGCGACUGCGCCCUCACCGUCACCUCAGCCUCCCCGCAGCUGUCUUUUCAAUUCAGCUGUCAGGGCAAACCGCUCGUUAAGGCGACGGCCUCCGACAACGUCGAGGCCCUGCCCGAAGUGAACUUCACGUUCCCCGCUGCGCGGACGAUGUACGGCCUGGCCGAGCACGCCGCCGACUUGCCCCUGCGUGGGGACGCCGUCUACGAGAUGUACAACACGGAUGCGUUUCAAUACCCCAUCAAUAGCACCAAGGCCCUCUACGGCGCGAUUCCGUUCAUUAUGGCCUACUCCGCCGCUGCGACGAGCGGGGUGCUCUUUCUGAAUCCGUCCGAGACAAGCGUGCGCAUCAACAGCGAAGAUGCGGCGCCGUCGUGUCGGUGGCAGCCGGAGGUGGGUGUCGUUGACCUCUUCUUCUUACCAGGACCCACACCGGCGAAGGUGCAGCGCCAGCACGCCUCGCUGACCGGCGCGACCGUCAUGCCUCCGUACUUCAGCCUGGGCUACCAUCAGUGCCGCUGGAACUACAUGAACACCAAGGACUGCCUCUCCGUGGACGAGGGCUUUGACCAGCACAACAUGCCGUACGACGUGCUGUGGCUGGACAUCGAGCACACCGACAAGAAGAAGUACUUCACCUGGGACAAGUAUACCUUUCCUGAUCCGAAGGUGCUGACCACCGCGCUGGCCUCUAAAGGGCGCAAGCUGGUCACCGUGAAGGACCCGCACGUGAAGCGAGAGGGCGGGUUCGCGAUGCACGAAGAGGCCAGCAAAGGCGGCUACUACGUGAAGGACGCCAACGGAAACGAUUAUGAGGGGGAGUGCUGGCCGGGCCGCAGCUCGUGGCCGGACUUCUUAAACACACGCACGCGGAACUGGUACGCGGAGUUCUUCCACGACGAUCGCUACCCGGGCGGCGGCCGCGACAUCCACACCUGGGUGGACAUGAACGAGCCCUCCAUCUUCAACGGCGAUAAGGGCACAAUGUUUAAGAACGCGAUGCACACCCUCGACGACGGACACACCGUCUCGCACGGCACGAUCCACAACGCCUACAGCUUCUACUCCAUUCAGGCGGUGUACAAAGGGAUGGUGGAGGCGGGUGGCGCGAAGGCGACUCCGGAGCGGCCGUUUAUCCUCACCCGCAGCUUCUUCCCCGGCUCGCAGCGCUACGCGGCGAUGUGGACGGGGGACAACAUGGCCCGCUGGGACCACCUGGAGAACAGCGUGCCAGAGCUGCUCUCCCUGUCGAUCUCGAACUUCCCCUUCUGCGGCUGCGACGUCGGUGGCUUCUUCUUUGACACGGAGGAGGAACUCUUUGUGCGGUGGAUGCAGGCGGGGGCCUUCAUGCCGUUUUUCCGCGGCCACGCCCACCUCGACACGAAGCGACGGGAGCCGUGGAGCUACUCGCCGGCGUCGCAGCCCAUUAUCCGGAACGCACUGGCGCUCCGCUACGCCCUCAUUCCCUACCUCUACACCAACUUCUACCACGCCCACACCAAAGGCAACACCAUCAUGCGGCCGCUGUUUUUUGAGUUCCCCGAGCAGGAGAAACUGCGCGAGGUGCAGAACACCUACCUCUUCGGUCGUGCCAUCCUCGUGCAGCCGGUUGCGCAGAAGGGGGCAACGGAGGUGACGGUGCCGCUGCCUGCCGGCACACUCUGGUACAACUACUUCACGGGCGAGAUGGCGACGGGGGGCACGUACACGAUGCCGGUGGACCUCAACACGAUCCCGAUGUUUCUCCGUGGCGGUCACGUGGUGCCGAUGAAGCUGCGACUGCGGCGCAGUACGUACGCUGCGCGUCUGGACCCCUUCACACUCUUCGUCGCAUUGAACGCACAGGGCAACAGCUACGGUGACCUUUACUGCGAUGACGGAACCACCUUCGAGUACGCCAAGGGCUCCUUUGUACACCGUACCUUCUCCUUCAGCGAGUCGACAUUGACGAGCAGCAGCUUCACCACCGAUACGCCUGCGUCGAACGGCGUUUUUGCGGUGGCCAACGCAGUGGAGCGCGUCGUAGUCUACGGCUACUCGGGGAAGGUGAGUAAGGUGGUGCUGACGACGGCCCAUAACGCCAUCGACAUGGCCACAGAGCUCGAUUUUGAGCAAGUCGGCGCGACCGUCAUUGUGCGUCAACCGAAGGUGCUGGUAGCCGCGGACUGGUUCAUCGCGUUUGAGAACGAGUGA